AUGGAAUCAUCGAUAUUAUUCGGAGGAUUAAUAUUAGUAACACUUAUUUUAGGAUUAGGAAACGUAGCGGAAUGUAAAAAAAGUACACAAACGACACUCGGGACCGUGGGACAACCUCCCGGAGGAGGAUCGUCGGGAUCGAUCAAGGAAGAACCCGUUAUUGAAGAAGUUUCGGCAAAACAAUUAGAAAAAAUACUUAACGAAAAGGAUUACGUGGCCGUGUUUUGGUACACGAGAAGUUGUCACACGUGCGAUAAAGUUCUAGAAGAAUUAGAAAAAAUAGAUGAUGACACGGAUCAUUUUGGAGUCGAUUUUGUUAAAAUCAACGACAAGAGAUUGGCCAAACAAUUCGGUAUUAAAAAUUUUCCAGCUCUCACUUAUUUCAGGGAAAAAGAACCCAUCAUCUAUGAAGGUGAUUUGAUGGACGAAGAAAACGUUUUGGAUUUUUUAACAAGUUUAGAAGCCAUGGAUUUACCGGAUAGAAUUGAAGAAGUCAAUGCUAAAAUAUUAGAAAAAAUUAUUGAAGAUUCCGACUACGUAGCAGUUUUAUUUUGUCCGAGUUCGGAGACCUGCCCGGCAACAGGCACAGUGAAACCGGAAUGCAAAAGGUGUACGAAAGCGUUACAAGAACUUGAAAACAUCGACGACGAAGCAGACGAAUUGGGAAUAGGUUUCGUUAAAAUAAUGGAUGCACAAUUGGCAGAAGAAUAUAAUUUGGGAGAAUUACCCAAACUUGUUUACUACAGGAAUCAAAUACCCAUCAUUUACGAAAAUGAAUUGACGAGAGAAGAAGAUGUUUUGGAAUGGCUCGUUCAAAAUAAAUCAACCGGUGAUGAAGAAGAUGUCAUCGAAGACGUAACGGUCAAAACAUUAAACACGUUAAUUGAUAACAUUGAUAAUUUAGUUGUUCUCUUUUAUGACGAAGACGACGAAGAAUCCAUGACGAUAAUAACGGAAUUGGAAAAAAUCGACGAUGAUUGCGAUAAACACGGCAUACAAUUUGUUAAAAUCAACGAUCCGAAAGCAGCGGAAGAAUUCGGAAUAGAUAAAACUCCAGCAUUGGUUUAUUUCGAAAAAGAAAUCCCGAAUUUAUACGAUGGAGAUUUGGAAAACGAAGAUGAAAUAUUAGAAUGGCUCGUGUCGCAAUUGGAAAGCGACGAAAUCGAAGAUGUAACCGAUGAAAUGUUGGAUAAAUUAAUAAAAGAUGGUAAAACCGUCGCCGUACUUUUUUAUGAUAAUAACGAUAGAAAAUCUCAAAGGGUUUUGGGUGAACUUGAAAACAUUGAUGACGAAUGCGACAAACUCGGUAUUGCUUUCGUGAAAAUAGACAACGACGAAGAAGCACGAGAAUACGGUUUGGAUAAAAUCCCGGCUUUGUUAUAUUUCGAAAAUGGCGUUCCACUUUUAUUCGAAGGUAAUUUAGAAGAAGAAGAAAAAGUACUCGAAUGGUUGGAACAUCAACGUGCAACGGAUGAAAUCGAAGAUGUCACCGAUGAAAUGUUGGAUAUAUUAAUAGAGAAAAAAACACACGUCGCAGUUUUGUUUUAUGACAAAGAUCAAAGAGAGAGUAAAAAAGUUUUGGAAGAAUUGGAAAAUAUAGACGACGAUUGCGAUCGUAAUAAUAUUGCUUUCGUUAAAAUUGACAACGAUGACGAAGCUAAAGAAUACGGGAUUGAUGAAUUACCAACUUUGGUGUUUUUCGAAAAACGCAUACCACACAUUUACGACGGUGAUCUAACGAAAGAAGAUGAUUUGUUAAAAUGGUUGAUUUUUCAAAAGAAACACAGCGAAAUACCGGAUGUGACAAACGAAAUGAUGGAUAAACUAUUGGAAAACACGCCGUAUUUGGUCGUUUUAUUUUAUGACAAAGACGAUAAUCAAGAUAAGAAAAUUUUAAACGAAUUGGAAAACAUCGACGACGAUUUGGAAAAAGAAGGGAUCGUCAUUGUUAAAAUGGACGACGAUAAAGAAACAAAAGAAUUUGGUAUCGAUGAUCUUCCGGCUCUUGUUUAUUUCGAAAAUAAACUUCCGGCCAUUUACGAAGGUGAUUUAUUUAACGAAGAUGAAGUUUUAAAAUGGCUCGUGGAACAAAAAAAUACGGCGACGAUAGAAGAGGUAACCGAUGAAAUAUUAGAAAAUUUAAUAUCCGAAUACGAAUACGUCGUCGUGUAUUUCAGUGGCCCGUGCGAAGAAGACGAAGAUUGCGACAAAACAUUAGACGAACUUGAAAACAUUGAUGAUGAAUUAGACGAAAAUGGUAUAGUUUUCGUGACGACAGAAGAUACGGGAUUGGCUAAAAAACACGGUGUUAAAUCAUAUCCGGCAUUGGCAUUUUUCAGAAAUAAAAUCCCACUUUUUUUCAAAGGGGAUCUUCGAGACGAAGAUGAAGUAUUAGCAUGGCUCACGGAUGAAGACACGUUGGAAAUCCCUGGUAAAAUCGAAGAAGUCAAUACGAAAAUGUUGGAUAAAAUUAUUGCGGAAAGACCAUUGGUCGUUGUUUUCUUCUAUUCGGAAAACGAUAAGAAAAGUCAAAAAAUAAUCAACGAAUUGGAAAACAUUGAUGACGAAUGCGAAGAAAAAGAUGUUACCUUUGUUAAAAUCUCCGAUAAAAAUAUAAAACAAGAAUACGAUCUUCCAAAAUUACCCUGCUUAGGUUUUUAUCGUAAAAAAUUUCGUACCCUUUUCGAUGGUGAUUUAAUGAACGAAGAAUCCAUACUGGAAUGGGUAUUGGAUUUACACGAUAAAUCUCCAGACGUCAUUGAAAACGUCGAUAGGAAAACAUUGCAAAUGUUGAUCGAUGACGUCGAACAUUUGGCCGUUUUUUUCUAUGAUGAUUCUAAAAAAUCCAGCGCCGUUUUAGAAGAGCUCGAAACGAUUGAUGACGAUGCGGAAAAACAUGGUAUACAAUUUGUUAAAUCGAACGAUGGUAAAUUGGCAUCCGAAAUUGGAAUUUUUAGUUUUCCAGCUUUGGUUUAUUACGAAACCGGAGUACCCAUCAUGUACGAUGGUAAUCUUAAGAACGAAGAAAAAGUUUUGGAAUGGUUAAUCGAACAGAAAAUUAAACCUUUAAAAACAAAAAAAAACGUUGAGGAUGAUAAAGUCAGCGCUGAGAAAAUAAUAAAAGCGUAUAAGAUGUUGAAAUUUUUAAGAGAGAAAAAAAUGACCGCAAACGAUGACGUCAAUGAUGAUGAUGACGUAAAACGUCAAAAUGAUAAAAUAAAAUUCAUAUCGAAAUCAUUUAACGAUUUAAAUAACGAUAAUGAUAAUAAAGGUUUAACGAGUAAAUCAGGCGAUACCUGUUUCAUCAUUGGGCUGGGAGACAAGACCGCGGUACCUAAAAAUUCAUACGAACCAUACAAAUGCUGUCCUACGAGCGUCAAGACGGAUACAAGAGUAGCAAAAGCAACGAAAGAUCAUCAUCAUCAUCAUCAUACUACAUCCGUCGCGAAGAAAGAUUCAUCAUCGACGAAUCAUCAAGACAAAAAUUAUUUAAGAAAAACCGGAAACACUAAUAAUAAUAAUAAUAAUAAUUUAAUGAAAGGGAAAAAAGGAUCAGCGGGGGGUGGUGAUAUAUUAAACGAAGAUGAAGUAUUGAAUUGGAUGAUUAAGCAAAAAGAAGAUGAAAGCAUAGAAGAAGUAACACGUUCGAAACUUUUCGAAUAUAUCGAAAGAAAAGAAUUUCUCGCCGUUGUUUUCUAUAAAGAAAACGACGAGGAAAGUUUAAAAAUAUUACGACAUAUUGAAUUGAUCGACGACGAAGCUGCUGAAUAUGGUAUAAGAGUCGUCAAAUGUCACGAUUUGCUCAUGGCUAAGAAAUACGGGUAUAGAAAUCCACCGGGGAUAACGUAUUUUCGUAAAGGUAAAGCCAUCAAUUACGACGGCGACAUUGACGACGAGGAAGAAGUGUUGGAUUGGUUAUCACAUCCGGAAAAUAUGGAAUUGACGGAUCACAUUGAAAAAGUCAAUAAGAAAAUGUUUGAUAAAAUAAGAUUGACGUCCGAUUACACGGCUGUUUUUUUCUAUAGUAACGAAUGUAAACAAUGCGAUAGAGUUUUGAUGGAGUUGGAACACAUUGACGACGAUGCAGCGAACGCGGGUAUUAAAUUCGUUAAAAUAAACGAUAAGAAAAUGGCGAAGGAAAUGGGAAUUUUCGCACUUCCGGCCGUUGCCUUUUAUAAAAUGGGAUCCAAAGAACCUGUCAUUUAUGCAGGGGAUUUAUACGACGAAGAACAAAUAUUACAAUGGCUUCUAACUCAAAAAGAUCCAUCGGGGGAUGCGAUAGAAGAAUUAGAUGGUGAAAAUUUAAAAAAAAUCAUUCGAGAUUCUGAUUAUUUGGCCGUUUAUUUCUGUAGCGAAAACUGUGGUCAAUGUCAAAUUAUAGUCGAAGAAUUAGAAAAUAUUGAUGAUGAUUGCGACAGACAUGGAAUACAAUUUGUUAAAACACAAGAUUUAGAAGUUGCUAAAGAAUUUGGAGUCAUUGAAUUUCCAUCCCUCGUUUAUUUCGAAAAAGGAGUACCGAACGUUUUCGAAGGGGAUUUAAUGGAAGAAGAAGAAGUUUUGCAAUGGCUUAUAACGCAGAAGACUGAAGAUAGAAUAGAAUUAAUAACAAGAGUCAUGCUCGAAGAUAUGGUACAAGAAACGCAAUAUUUAGCCGUUUAUUUCUAUAAAUUAAAUUGUCACAUAUGUGAUGAACUUCUAGAAGGUUUAGAAAAUAUCGAUGAUGAAUGUGAUGUUUUUGGAAUACAUUUGGUUAAAAUUCAAGAUCCGCCAUUGGCUAAAAGAUACGGUAUAAAAACAUUUCCAGCAUUAGUUUAUUUUAGAAAUGGUAAUCCAUUGCUUUACGAAGGUGAUUUACAAAAUGAAGAAGCAGUUUUAGAAUGGUUGAUUGAUGAUGAUAAUAGAGAAUUAGCUGAUGAAAUAGAACAAGUUAAUAGUAGAAUGCUUGAAAGACUGUUGGACGAAUCUGCAUUUCUCGCCGUUUUCAUGUAUGAUGAAGACGAUUGUCCCGAUUGCGAAGAAAUACUGAACGCCCUUGAAAAAAUAGACGGUGAAGCUGAUCAAUAUGGAAUAGACAUGGUUAAGAUAUCAGAUGAAGAAGUGGCAUCGAAAUACAAUGUUGCCAACACUCCCGCACUAGUUUAUUUCCGUAAAAGAGCACCGUUGAUUUACGACGGUGAUCUUUUAGAUUAUGGUAAAAUAUUAACGUGGUUGACGUCACUCGAUGUUUUCGAUAAUAAAAAUGAAAUCGAAGAAGUCAAUAAGAAAAUGUUGGAUAAAUUACUUGACGAAAAUGAAUUUUUAGCCGUUUAUUUUUAUGAAUUAGAUAGUUUGGAAAGUGUUAAAGUAACGGAAAUAUUAGAAGAAAUAGAUGGAGAAAUAAAUAACAUCGAUAUAACGUUUGUCAAAAUGGCGGAUCCGAGAUAUGCAAGAAAAUGGGGAGUCACUAAAUUACCAUCAAUUGUUUUUUUCAGAAAAAGAUUUCCCAGUAUUUAUAGAGGUGGAGAAUUUCAAAAGGGAAAAGAUGUUUUAGAAUGGUUGAGAAAAAAUCGUUAUAGAGCUCCUGAAUUGAGUUUAUUCAUGUACAUUCUUAUUGCCAUCGUUAUUGCUUUUGUUUUGUACACAGCUUUCUUGUUAAAUUUUUUCAGGCCAGUUAAACAAGCGUGA